CGUGUGAGUGGAGCAUCUCACUUAGACAGAGAACGUCCUCACACACGGAGAUAUGUGUCUUAGCACAGAAUGCUCUCACUGACAGAUAAUGUCAUGUAGGCUGCACUUAUUUUGGGCUGAAGCAGCAUCUCUUACCACCUCAUUGAGAUCAAUCUUCUCUGUAGAUUCAGUCUCCUCAUUCGAACAAAUUCGACAGAGAUCACUUUGACAGCUUCCCAAAAGAAUGAAUGUGGGAUGAAGUGAGAGCUCUCCGUCCAGCGUUUCCAUGCAACAGCAGAGGCUGUGAAGACACGGAGCACACGGAGGGUUAGAUGCUGUUGCUCAGCUCGACUGCACUGUAGAUCUUGUUGGGGUCUCUGAAGGAACCCUGAGCGCCUUUUAAAUCCAAUGGAGAAACAACAUGAUGGAGAUGAGCCUGCUAGGAGUUUAAUGCGGCACGAUAGCGCAGAGGAGCCCGGUUGUCCUCCCCUGGCUUGUGAGCACUCAAGCAGCCCACAGCAGGAGGAGUCCACCAUGAUGAGAAGGAGUGACAACUACCUGCCUGUCCCUGGCGAAGAGAAGAACCUGGAUGUGGCCUUCAUCAGCACCAAGCCCAGGAGCAAUGAGUCCAUACCAUUGAAGAAUCUCUAUGCGGAUGAUGGCUCACCCCUGUAUCCACAGCUAGGCCCGUACUUCUCUGAUGGGCAGCGGCGGGUGGACUACGUGCUGGCAUACCACAUCCAGAGGCCCAGCAGCAUACGGCGCCGCUCAUCCAGGUUUGGCGACAACAACUUCAUCCGACGGCUUCGACGCAGUCUGAGCAUGAGAAGUAGCCGAGCCCCGCUGCAGCCAAAAGAAGACCCUGAGAUCGCCGCCCAGGACCAACGGACUGACUACCAUGAAGAUGACAAGCGUUUCAGGCGGGAGGAGUUUGAGGAAAACCUCCUAGAGACAGGGCUGGAGCUGGAAAAGGAUGAAGGGAGUAAGAUACCUGGAAUCGGCUUCCUGAAGAUUCACGCUCCCUGGAACGUUCUGUGUCGAGAGGCUGAGUUCAUGAAGCUUAAAAUGCCGACAAAGAAGGUUUACGAUGUGAAACAAGGCAGCAAUCUGGUGGAGAAGAUCCGACUGUUCAUUCAUAAAGUCACAGCUCCUCUCCACCCAAAAGUAGAUGCCAACAGGCCACAAAGCGUCAAAUCCCUCUCUCACCCUUUCUCUAGAGAGAAGCAGCAUCUGUUCGAUCUGUCUGACAGGGACAAGUUCUUUGACAGUAAGACCAGGAGCUCAAUAGUCUAUGAGGUACUGAAAAGGACAAGAUGCACCAGAGCCAAAUACUCCAUGGGGAUCACCAGUCUGCUAGCUAACGGUGUCUACACAUCAGCUUAUCCUCUACACGAUGGUGACAUUGAGGGGGUGAAUGCAGAGGCUAAUGACAGGAAGCUGCUGUAUGAAGAGUGGGCCAGCUACAGUGUGUUCUACAAGUACCAGCCUAUUGGACUCAUCAGGAAGUAUUUCGGGGAGAAGAUCGGACUGUAUUUUGCCUGGUUAGGAGUCUACACACAGAUGCUGAUUCCCGCUGCCAUCGUUGGAGUCAUCGUAUUCCUCUAUGGCUGUGCCACUGUGGAUGAUAACAUACCCAGUAUGGAGAUUUGUGAUCACAGGAACAACAUCACCAUGUGUCCGCUGUGCGACCGUGCCUGCAGCUACUGGAAGCUGGUGACAGCAUGUGGUACAGCUCGAGCCAGCCAUCUGUUUGACAACCCAGCCACCGUUUUCUUCUCCAUCUUCAUGGCCCUCUGGGCGGUUCUCUUCAUGGAGCACUGGAAGAGACGGCAGAUGCGACUCAACUAUGUCUGGGACCUGACAGGCUUCGGAGAGGAGGAGGAGGAGGAACAUAAGGACCAUAACCGAGCAGAGUAUGAGUUCCGGGUCAUGCAAAAGACGAUGAGACAGGAACAUUCAACCCCAAAGGGUGAGAAGGUGAAGCUGACAUGUACAGACAGAAUGCCAGCUUACCUGACUACUGUGGUCAUGAUGGGCUUCAUGAUCGCUGUGACGUUUGCCAUAGUCUUUGGGGUCAUCCUGUACCGCAUUAGCAUUAAGGCAGCACUGCACAUGAGCAACUACCCUGCAGCACGCUCCAACAUCCGAGCCACAGUCAAAACCACUGCUGCAAUCAUAAACCUCAUCGUUAUCAUCAUCUUAGAUGAAAUCUACGCUGCCAUUGCCCGUUGGCUCACGACACUGGAGGUUCCAAAGACAGACAAGAGCUUUGAAGAGCGCCUCAUCUUCAAAACCUUUAUCUUGAAGUUUGUCAAUGCCUUCACACCCAUUGUCUAUUUGGCCUUUUUCAGGGGAAGGCUUGUUGGGCGGCCUGGAAACUACUUGUAUGUUGUUGGAUCGUACAGAAUGGAAGAGUGUGCUCAUGCAGGUUGCCUCAUGGAGCUGUGCAUCCAGUUGUGCAUCACCAUGCUCGGCAAGCAGCUAAUCCAGAACAAUCUGUUUGAGAUUGGCAUACCAAAGUUGAAGAAACUGCUCCGGAGGAGGAAGUCGGACUUAGACUCUAAGCAAGAGGAGGAGCUCAACAAAACUCUGCAGCGCCAUGAGAAAGACCACAUUCUGGGUCCUUUUGUCGGCCUCAGCCCCGAGUACAUGGAGAUGAUCAUCCAGUUUGGAAUGGUGACUCUUUUCGUGGCCUCCUUCCCUUUGGCUCCACUCUUUGCUCUUCUGAAUAACAUCAUUGAGAUUCGUCUGGAUGCCAAAAAGUUUGUUAUGGAGCUGCGCAGGCCGAUUGCAGCCAAAGCCAAAGAUAUUGGUAUCUGGUACAACCUCCUGAGAGGCCUCAGCAAGGUAGCAGUCAUCGUUAAUGCCUUCGUCAUCUCCUUCACCUCUGACUUCAUCCCACGGUUGGUCUACCAGUACAUGUACAGCCCUGACGGCACCAUGCAUGGCUUCAUCGAUCACACUCUGUCUUUUUUCAACGUCAGUGACUUCCAGCCAGGCACAGAGCCUCUCCAGCCCAUGCACCUGGGCUACAGCGUACAAACAUGCAGAUAUAAGGACUACAGAGAGCCUCCAUGGUCAAGCACACCAUAUGAGCUCUCAAAGGAGUUCUGGGCCAUUCUGGCAGCCCGCCUUGCCUUUGUUAUUGUCUUUCAGAAUGUGGUGAUGCUUAUGAGUGACUUUGUGGACUGGCUGAUCCCAGACAUCCCCAAGGACAUCAGUCUCCAGAUGCACAAGGAGAAGAUCCUCAUGGUGGAGCUCUUUAUGAAGGAGGAGCAGGGCAAAAGGCUUGCAGCCCGGGACCACCACAACCGGGACAACUGCACCUCCUCCUCGUCAGCCAGUCCACCACAGCCCCGCUCACGGCCCAUCUCACAUGCUGACUGUGGUUAAACUGCUAGCAGCCAGGAUUCAGGAAAACAAGCGCGAACAGCAACAAGCAAACACACACCUGUACACAAACUGUAAAUACAUUCAUCAGCUGCUUAAAGCUAGCUGGUAAAGGUUAAGUCAGUUAUCCACUGACACAUGAUUAGUUUUCAGUAAUCAGCUUUUGCUGCAUUCAUGUUGUUUGAGAAUAUUUGCAGGUAAAAACUUUGACGCGUUCAUUCACGUUCUGAACUGGUAGUAUGCCUCUUUCUAACAUAUUUCCCAGAUAAUACACCAGUCAGAUAAUACACAUGGCAUUUAUGACGCUGAAACAUGUAGUGUAGGAUGUUUUUGAAAGGAACAAGCAAUUAGCUUUAUUUGUUCUGUUCUGUUGAUGAAGUCAUCAUUCAAGACAUCUGAGAAAGCAAAGCCAAAUCUAAUAUGAGUCAUAUAAGGCCACCUCUCUUGAAUGCAGCUUUUGUAAUGAAGACAGCCUCCAUCAAUCCGUCCAAACAGUCCUGCUGAGCAAUGUUCCCUCCUCGUAUCUGACUGAUGAGACACAGAAAACAAGAACAUCAUUGCUCAACAGGCUGUUCCUUUUUUUUUCAGGAAUUCCUUGAUGUAUUUUUUGGGAUAUGCAGAAUUGUCAGUUGUUGAUGAACAACAAGGUUUUGGAAGACCUUGUGUGACAAGAGCCUCUUGGGUUGUACUAUUCUCUUGUAUGUGAUGAGCAGCAUGCUGCUCAUUGUUACAUUUGUUACAUUUGGGAUAUGAACAAACUGCCAUAAUUCACAGAAGCACAAGAAACGUUUUUAGUCACUCUAAUGAACUGGAAUUCUUAAAGAUGGAAAUAAGAAGAUUUUCACCAUACACACAAAGUGAUGUCAUGCUCCAUCUCUCACCUGGCUGAGAUGCUGAACUGUAGAUACUUGACUGUAUGAGCUUACCAAAAUCUUUGGAGAGAAAUCUCUUCCUCACAUGUUGUAAGAUAGAAAUAAUUCCAGUAGUCUGUCUUAAAGAUGCAUUAACUGAUGUCCUUUUAUCUGCCACCCAGGGGCAGCAAAAGUAGCUGAAACAUGGACACACCUAGAAUGUCACCUAGAAUUAUUAAAGCAAAUUAUAGCAUAUAGUAAGUAAAAUCCUUUUAACUCAAGCAGCCCAAGAUGUUUGCAGGCUAUAAAGCCUAAACAAAGAAAAGGUUCUGCAACCAUGAGGUCAACUGCAGAAUAGUUGAUAACUAGAGGUGCCCUCACAUCUAGUGAAACACAUUCACCAUCAAAUGAACAAGUGUCAUGUCAGAGUUUUGAGCUUGUGUGUGCUGCCCCCAGUGGUCACAUGCAGAUUUAAGUAACUGCAGGCCAGUUCUCCAUUUACAAAGAGACUCCAGCAUUUGAACCUUUGCCUCACUUGUCCAGUUGGUGUCUUCUGGAUCAUCAGCACAGGUGUGAAAAUGGAGCUCCAUGAACUCAUGUUUAAAGUUAUGUGUAGUGGUGUUGGAUGUAUUUACAUUGUGUGCUGCCAUGCUUAUAUACCAUCAGAAAACUGCUUGUUGGAACAAAUCGGAUUGAGGAAUAUUGUCACAUUAGUAGCAAUGUAGGAACUUUCAAAUUCUUGUCUGUGGAAAGCAGUGCCAGUGUCUUGCUCUUACCCUGCCUUAUACUCUCCCAGCUGCUCCAGGGACUCAAAGUGUUGGCUGAUUGUCUUCUCUAAAAUAUCACAUUUGAGAUUUAGCCAUGCCCAUAGGAAAGGAUUCAAACCAGGAAAGGCAGCACUGUUCAAUAUUAUUCUCUUGCCUUAUAUUAACAGGUAUAAAUCAUUAGGCAUUAACUAUUCAAGCACAAAGACUGAAUAACGUUUUGUUUUGUAUUUAUCAAACUGCAAAAACAUAUGAGGUAGUGACUGGAUGUCACUCUGCACAACAUAAAUGUACUGUACCCAUGCGUCCAUGUAUCAAACCGUGCACCCUCCUGUGAAUAUGUUGAUCUACCCCAAACAUAAGCCCUCAGCCCAGACUGAUAGAAUGUAUUCUUUUUAAAUUGCAGUGAUGUAUGAUCACUUUUAGGUCAAAAUGUUGUUAAUGCUGUUUUUUAAAGUUUCAUAAUAAUGCAUUUCUAAGCCUAUCUAAUGUGUUAAAGGGUUUCUCUGCCCACAGGGACCACUGAUAUAUCAACUACAGACUUUCACUAUGAUAGUUAUAUACUCUAUCUUUUUGCUUUCCUUUUAAUUGAUUAUUUAAUGGACUAGAAACCAUAAUUAUGGACCUAUUCUGCUUGACAGCAAAAUCUUCCAAUAUAGCCUACAAAGCCAUUUUAUCACAAAAGAAGUUUAUGAGAUAUGACUUGCUCUUAUGAGCAAUAACUGUACAUUUUACUUUGACCAAAUCUCAACACUGUUAAUUAUGUUAGUAAGGUUGGUGUUGAUAUUCAGUAAUAGACUGUGUGCAGCCACAGGGCUGCAGAGCCUGUUAUAGCUACAAUCUCUAACCUGAUGUCACGUGAAGACUCCACCAUGUCCCUUAUGAAGUGUCCUCCUCUGUAUUUACAGCAUCAAUGAAUACUACAAGUUGUGACAUGCUAAUAUAUAAUGUAUGUCAAAGCACAUUUCAGAACAUGUGUGAGUGUUUAUGCAUGUAUAACUGAUUUGUCUGUCUGAUAUUUUGAGUCAUUUUUGUUUAAAUUAACUGCAAAUAAAUGAGAGAUUAAGUUUG